CUCGCAGUUAGGGUCGCCUUGUGGUACAGGGGAGGAGGGUUUUUCGGUUCUCGCCUCCAUCCUCUGGCCACAGUUGCCGCUCCGUCUUACGCGAGGCUGGCAGACAUAGCCCACGGGCCGUUUCAUGAGCGUCAUUGAAAGCCGGCGAUGGCAGGGAUUUCUUUUGGUGAAGUAAUAAUAAUGUCCAGGUAGCAGUGUACCAAUGUUGAUUCAAGGAAAAGAGAUUUAUUAUCCCGUUCACACACACCUCUUAAUCUUUGCUCCUUUGUGUGAACUUGUUGGAGAUGGCUAUUUUGCCAGCAGUUGCACGAUGAGAAGGGAGGUGUUCUCUACAGUAGGAUUAACAAGUGUUGUCGAGGGAUGUAGAAAGCCUUAAUUUCUCGCACAGUGACUCAUCCCUGGGAUAUCUUUGAAGACUGACAAUAGGUAACUCUCCAGUCUAGAUGUGCAAGUUGCCAUAUUCCUCUCUCUGACCUCUGAAUACACAACUUCUUAUCCCAGGAAAGAGUUCCCCUGCCAGGCUCAGCCGAGGCGUACAACAAGUGUCCAUCUCUCCAGCAAUGGGCAUUGGUAGGAACCCCUCAUCCAAAGCAAUGGAAUCCACAAACUCAACAGAUGGAAAGUACGAGGAGGAAACAAAACACUCAGCCUUUUUCAGCUUACCGGUGGGGAUAAAUGGUGGUGCUGCAUCCAGUGGAGAUCAGGACACUGAAGACACAGAGCUUAUGGCCAUUUACACUACUGAGAGUGGCAUUGCAGAAAAGACCUCUUUAGCAGACACCCUUGAUAGCACUGGAAGCUUAGACAGGCAGCGGAUGGACAUGAUCUAUACAGUGGAAGAUGUUCCUCCUUGGUAUCUCUGCAUCUUCCUGGGAUUACAGCACUACUUGACAUGCUUCAGUGGGACAGUGGCAGUGCCAUUUUUGCUUGCUGAAGCCAUGUGCGUCGGAUUUGACCAAUGGGCCACCAGCCAACUUAUUGGGACCAUUUUCUUUUGUGUUGGAAUCACUACCUUGCUGCAGACGACCUUUGGGUGCAGGUUACCCUUAUUCCAGGCAAGCGCGUUUGCUUUCCUAGCUCCAGCCCGCGCCAUCCUAUCUCUUGAGAAGUGGAAAUGUAAUACUACAGAUUUAUCCAUCACUAAUGCAACAGAGCUGCUACACACAGAACACAUAUGGUACCCAAGAAUACGUGAGAUACAAGGUGCAAUCAUAAUGUCAUCACUUAUUGAAGUGGUAAUUGGUUUCCUUGGGCUCCCUGGUGCUUUAUUGCAAUACAUCGGUCCACUGACAAUAACUCCUACAGUAUCCCUCAUCGGAUUGUCUGGUUUCCAGGCUGCAGGGGAGAGAGCUGGCAAACAUUGGGGAAUAGCAAUGCUAACAAUUUUUUUGGUCCUGCUUUUCUCCCAAUAUGCCAGAAAUGUCAAAUUGCCACUACCCAUCUACAAAUCCAAGAAGGGAUGGACAGCCUACAAGUUUCAGCUCUUUAAAAUGUUCCCGAUUAUCAUGGCGAUCCUUGUGUCCUGGCUUUUGUGCUUCAUCUUCACAGUAACUGAUGUUUUCCCACCUGAUAGCUCCAAAUAUGGUUUUUAUGCCCGCACAGAUGCCAGGAAAGGAGUCCUGACUGUGGCUCCUUGGUUUAAAGUCCCUUACCCAUUUCAGUGGGGUCUACCAACAGUCUCUGCCGCUGGUGUCAUCGGUAUGCUUAGUGCUGUGGUUGCGAGUAUCAUUGAGUCAAUUGGCGACUACUAUGCCUGUGCCCGCCUCGCCUGUGCACCGCCGCCUCCAAUUCAUGCAAUCAACCGGGGGAUAUUCAUUGAAGGCUUGUCUUGUGUGCUGGAUGGAGUGUUUGGUACCGGUAAUGGAUCCACAUCAUCUAGUCCUAACAUUGGUGUGCUGGGGAUCACUAAGGUAGCUAGCCGUCGGGUUAUCCAGUAUGGAGCUGCCUUCAUGAUACUGCUUGGUAUGAUCGGGAAAUUCAGUGCCCUCUUUGCUUCGCUUCCUGAUCCUGUUCUUGGAGCGCUGUUUUGUACUCUGUUCGGAAUGAUCACUGCUGUGGGACUCUCCAACCUCCAGUUUGUGGAUCUGAAUUCUUCACGUAAUCUGUUUGUUCUUGGUUUCUCCAUCUUCUUUGGGCUAGUCCUUCCCAGUUACUUGAAGCAGAAUCCCCUGGUUACAGGCAUAGCCGAGAUCGACCAGGUACUAAAUGUACUUUUGACAACUGCCAUGUUUGUGGGAGGCUGUGUUGCUUUCAUUUUAGACAACACUAUUCCAGGCUCACCGGAAGAAAGAGGUAUCCGUAAAUGGAAACAGGGGUUGGGUAAAAGUGGAUCGUCUAUUGAAGGCAUGGAUUCCUAUGACUUUCCCUUUGGGAUGGACUUUCUCAGGAGGUACAAAUGCUUCAGCUACCUUCCCAUCAGUCCUACAUUUGCUGGAUACCAGUGGAAGAAGCUUCGGAAGAGCAGUAAGAGUCGGAGAGUAGAGGAAGAAUCUGAGCCAGCUGUAUAACCCAGGCCCCCCUCCUCCUUGUGUGUGUUCGUACAGUAACUUGAUGUUGCAAUCUUAUCUGGUUUACCAAGCCUUGUAUCGGAGAUAUUUUUGUUUAGUUGUUGUAUAUAUGAAUAUAAUUAUUCCACUGCUGAGACCCAGGGUAACUUUUGGGUUUUAUUAACCCUCCCCCUAAUUACUUUAUGGUGCUGCCCAUGCAGUGAGUUAAUCUGUCAACUUUUUCAUCUCCUACUUUGCUCAUUAACUGCUCUUUUUCUCAUGUCCCCACCUUUUUUCUUCUCUCAUUUUCCAGUUGAUUCCCUCUCUUCUAAUCUUUCCUUUCUUUGUUCUGUUUGUUUUUUAAACAGACCCUUCUUGGUCUUCCUGAUUUUUCUGCUAUAUUUCAUCAACAUGUGCCUCCGACUUGAAACAAUUUUUUACGUUUUGUUCUGUAUGAUUGGCCUUUCUGGCAUUCUAAGUAGUUAACACAACACUGGCUAAUUAAACGGGUAUUGGUGCUCUUUUAGGCAUCUAUUGCUUAAUUCCCUUCGUCUCAGCUUUGGAAUGUUUAAAUUAUUUCAGUCCAAUGUUUCCACCAAUCAUAAAAGUAAUGGUCAUUGGUGUCCCCAUAUGUAUGGGUUGUUGAUUAAAAUCUAGCACCUUUCUCCUCCCCAUUAUGCACCUCAUCACCGAAGACUCAGUAUGGGAUUUAUUCCCGCUUAUGGUAUUUAAAGGCCAGUAAAUCUACUAAACAGUAUUUGCUGCUAUUUUCAACCAUGUGAAAUGAUGUUUUUUUUUAAUAACCUUCAAAUUUGGAAAGUGUAUAUACAUUUUUUAAUGAUCACUGUUGGCACGUGCAGUUAAUAUUUUUUUGAGCAAAGGUUUUUUUCAGCAUCAUUCCUGUUUUCUGCAGGUUUGAGAUCUUGCAUAUGUUAAUCACAGCAAGCUCCCACUUUAAAGAUUAUAUAUGUGCAUUAAAAUGCCAGAUCAGCACUUUAUAUGGUUGGUUACGCAGUGUAUCGAAGUAUGGCAUAAUAUAUGUUUAAGAUGCUUUUUUCGUGGCAUUUUUUUCAUUAUGCCGCUCAAUAAGCCAGUCCUAUUGAAUACAGCAAUAAAGUUAUGAAUAGCAGUAUAAGCGCUAGAUUUUAUGUAAAAAUAAGUGUAAGAAUGUUUUUACCCACUAGAACAUACACCACCAUUCUAAAAAUGAUCUUGUUCUUGUGCCAAAAGCUGAAUCUAUUUUGAUUAUUAAGAUAGAUAGCAGUGCCUAUAUACUUUAAACAGAAAAAAGGG